AAGUGCCAGGGUAUCAACUCUUCCCCUUAUUACUGGUUCACUGACCAGUGCAAAUAUGGUAUUUUCCAACAUGGCGGGUAUGGAUUUGGCAUUAGAAUCAUUGAAAUAGGUAAUGUACAACCGGUAAGAAGAAUACCCUGCGCCUUCGACUGCAACUGCAUAUACAACCCGGGUUCCUGCCACGCCUAA